UGCACUUUUGACACACAAUGUGAUGUGUAAUGUAACACGAUCAAAACCUUCACUCCUGCUUGCCCCUCCUGGUGGACUCCCUCUUUCUCUGUCUGUCUCUGCUCGUUGCUUUUUUUUCUGCAUCAGAGUGGGAUGUAGAUUUCUGAGGAUCUUGCACAAAGUUUUUUUUUUUUUAGCCCAUUAAAUGAUGGAAGCCAGUCAGCUUGGAGCCGUUUGUGAGGAGAGGUUUUUGUAUUGAUGAGACAGAGAACAUUUACUGGAAGUUUUGGGCUUGUUUUUUUAAUGUUUGGAGUGGGAUGGGGUUCAAUCACUAUCUGUGUCUGCUGCUCUGUGCGGCAGCCCUGACAGUUUCGGAGGUUUUUGGUAAAGAUGAGAGCAACGAGGUGCACUGGUGGACCAGGCAGAGCCUCCCGCUGCUGCUGGACACACACACACAGCCUCUAAAGACGCCCUUGUUCAGCGGGCGAGAGGAGGACGACGACAAGAGUGUUCGGAAAGACACUCUCUGUGGGAUAGAGUGUCAAAGCAGCCUACCACCUAUGGACCAGAAUGAACAAGAGAGGAUUCUGGGAUAUGAGACAAUGCAUGAGAAUGGCACUCGCACUCAUACAGAUAUCAGUUUGCAGGGCUUUAACAAGACGUCUGCAGGAACACCAGCCCACUCACCAGCUCGCACCCGCAGGAAACGACAGGUUUAUGGAACAGAUGGACGCUUUGUGAUCUCCGAUUCUCAUUUCAUCACCAACUAUCCUUUCUCUACCGCUGUCCGCCUCUCCACGGGCUGCUCCGGAGUCCUAAUAUCCCAGAAACACGUGCUGACAGCGGCACACUGCAUCCAUGAUGGGAGGGACUACCUAGAGAGUGCCAGAAAGCUUAGAGUAGGGGUGUUGCAGCUCAAGACUAAAAGGAGAAGAAGUGGGAUGAGGGUAGGAGGGCGACGGAGGAGUGGGAGGAAAGAAGUUGAGGAUCAGAUAAUGGAGGAAGGUGAGGAUCAGAACAGUCUUGAUGGAGAUCUAGUGAGUGGGACACGGGGAGGCAAGGGCAGGAGGCGCAGGGGAAGAAAAGAGGGUGAGGAGGAUGCGGCUGAUGGCAGGAGUACAGGUGACCGACAGAGACGAGGACGAUCUGGGAAGCUAAAAGGUCUCAGACGUACACGACGUAGUGCUUCUGAACCCAAGGAGCAGUCCGUCUUACGCUGGACUCGAGUUAAACAGACCAGAAUCCCUCAAGGAUGGAUCCAAACCAAGACCUCCACAAGCUCGGUGUCCCCUGACUACGAUUACGCUCUUCUGGAGCUGAAACGACCCCUUAAACAGAAGUUCAUGGAGUUGGGAGUGGCGCCCUCCCCCGCCCCGCUGGCACGGAUCCACUUCUCAGGCUACGACGCUGACAAGAGCCUGCUGGACGGGCGCGGAAAUGAGAAGGUGGUUUACCGGUUUUGUUCCGUGGCAAACCAGUCGGACGAUUUGAUGUACCAGCACUGCGACGCUCAGCCGGGCGCCACAGGUGCAGGCGUUUACGUCCGGCUGAGACAGGAAGUGGGAGAGGAAGGCAGGAAGGGGAAGUGGCAGCGGAGGGUGAUCGGGGUGUUUUCUGGCCAUCGGCGGGUGGAGGGGAAGGGAGGGGAGCAGAGGGUGUUUAAUGUCGCGGUGAGGAUUACGCCACCCAAAUAUGCACAGAUCUGUCACUGGAUCCAUGGAGAUCCAAAUCUCUGUAAAGAGGUUUGAGUGCAAAGCGGUGGAUAUAGAAAAAUCAUAUGUUGUCAGUUUCAAAGAGACUGUGCCUGUGUGUAAAGAGACUGUGCCUGUGUGUAUUACUAUAUGCAAGAAGAACGCUUAUUGAAGAUAUUUCCCAGGCAGCUAUAAUGACAAUAUUACAUUGUGCUGUUUGGGAUAUUUUAGAAACCUUAAAUGAGUUCAAUCAGGAUAUAGUAACAAUUUUUCGUGAUACUCAUCUGUGGAGGUCCGAUACAAUGUUACAUUGCUGUUUAUUUUAUUGCACUUAUUAGUAAAAGUACUAUAGCCUUUACGUCAUUAUUGAUGUAAUUAUUGAGACAUUUAAGACUACAUUUUCAUUCUUAGCAGCUUUUUACAUACCGGCCAAGAAAUGCUUAUCUGAGACCAGCUGAACACCUCCGUGGACAGUGUGUCGGGCAAAUAUAUAAUACAGGAAUCCGGCACAUGUCCCUGAUUCUGGAUCUGUGGCCUAUUCAGCAAUUUAUCAGUUUAUUAAGAGAAGAGCAUGACAACAUUCUUCAAUUUGUGAGAGAAAUGUGUUGUUAACUGUUCUGAAACUGUAAUUAUGUGAAGGAAAAGGAAUAACCCCGUUUUGUUUCUCCUGUGUUGCACAAUUAUCAUUUUAUAGUAAAGUAAAUAAGUCAAACCUACUGGUCCUCAUUUCACGUCAUGUUAAAUAAAUAGUAAGUCUACUCUCCACAACAUAUACAUGUAUUUUCUGGUGU